CCCAUCCCCGCACUCCUGCCGCUCGCUUUCGCCGAGCGAGAAGGCACCUCCUGCAGCGGUCACCGCGACGCGCCCCUCGUCCACCCCCCGUGCCAUCCGCCGGCAGCAAUGGCGCGCUCGCCCGCGCUCGCGUCCCUGGUCCUCGGCGCCGUGGCGCUGGCGCUCCUGAACGCCGUGGCCUUCGUGUCCUCGACGGGGAAGCCCGCUGAGGCAACCGCCCUUCGCGGCGCCGCGCCCGCCGCGGCGGCGAUGUACGGGGCGCUGGCUGCGUCCGUGCCGGAGCCGGCGGCGGCCUGGAACGAGCAGGAGCCGCCGGCUGGCUUGUUCUUCGCGGUCUUCUUCGUGUUUUUCUUCGUCGCAGGGCUCGCCCGCAUGCUCACCGUGGGCAAGCUCUAAGGCGGAACCGCGCGCCCAGCCCCUCGACGGCGGCGUGCCCCGUUUUUUAAGGACACGAGGCCCUCGUCCCGGUCACCGGCUCGGACUCCCGCCGCUCUUCGCCACGAGCGAAAUGGCGCC